AUGUGGGUGUGUCGCGACGCACCAACACAGACGUAUUUUUCAAUUUUCAAUUCACCGCCAAAUGCACUCAGCGACACGCAAAUAAGCUUCAAUUACAUUGUCAAAAAGCAAGAGCAGCAGAAAAUAUGUUUUGGCUCAGGAAGAUCUCGGAACAUCGGUCUCAGGACCGGAACCAGCCCAUUCAUGCGAUUUUAUAUGUCCGAGGACUUUCCGAACACUGGGCCGGGACGGUACGAUGUCCCGGGGGCCUUCAAGGCAGUUACUUCGAAGCCCUGCGUCAAGAGCUUCAGCCUCAAGGGCUACGGAGGGCUGGGGAGAUUCGCUGUUUCGAUAGCUCAUACCGAGGAUUACCCAGCCCCCUGUGAGUACAAUGUUCCCUUGUUCCCGGACAAAGUUAAAGAGUCCAAGGUGCCCUUUGGCUCCACCGCCAAGAGAAAGGGGUUUGAUACCAAUCGAAACCCAGGAAUCAGUAGUUUUUACUGUUUAAUUUGCUGUAAUUGUCUUCUGAUCCUGGUUCCCUCCCUUAUUUAUCGAAGGCCCGGGCUCUACCGGAACAUAACACCCCUGACAAGGCGCAUAAUAUUCGACCACAGUUUCGGUGGACGAGUGAAUCUUCGUCUUGGAGUUGAAAUUAAAUGCUGCAAACGAAAUACAGAUACGUGUGGCAUUUGCGAGGAGAAUCCCAUCGGCGAUUACUGGCACUUGAACAACCGGAUGUACCUCUGCCGGGGUUGCAUGACUGUUGAACGUCAGCGGCCCAGAAAGCACACGAAAAAAGAACUGAGUAAUUUUCGAAAAAUUCGCGACUGCUCGAUGAUUCACUCGCACGAAGGGACAGACGCGAAAAUCUGGCUAAUGCACCCUGGAGUCAUCCAGAAAUGGUCCCAGAAAGAGGCCUAUCUGUCCUCUUACUUCAAAGACUAAAAUUACUUUCCUUGUGAGCCAUUUGUAUGUGACAUCUCAUUAAUUAUCAUUUGUUGUUGGAAUUUAUAUAGAAAAUAUAUAUGGAA